AUGGCCGAACAACAAAACUUUCGCUUGCAUGUUGGCGGCCUUGGAGCAUCGGUGACCUCUGAAGACCUCCAGAAGCGAUUCUCAGCAUUCGGAACCGUCGCCAAGGUGGACGGAGUGGGCAAGCUGGAUGCCAAUGGCUCUCCUUUAAGAUACGCCUUCGUGGACAUCCUCUCAACAGAUUCCCAAGUUAAGCGAUGCAUGAACCUCCUGUCUGGUACGACUUACAAAGGAAGCACUUUGAGAAUCGCGCCUGCAAGGCCGGAUUACGUCGCCCGAGUGGAAAGGGAGCGUGCAAACUUGCCCAUCACCACAUUUGUUGAUCCCGACGAAGAAGCAAUCCGAGUUCGCGAAGAAAAGGCAGCUCAAAAACUGGAACGCAAACUUGCCAAAUUUCGCGCGCGUAAAAGAGGGAUCGAAGGUUACGAAAGUGCGAACAUGGAAUUAAUGACUGUUAAAAAGUUCAAAAGUCGGCAAGGAGUCAAUGGAUGGAAGAAAGAUCCAGAGACCUCGCUUCCGAUAUUCCCAAUCGUCACUCGCCCUCUUCGUCCCCUGCCUUCUUUGGAGCCCACUCAAUCUCAGGGUGCCAAUAUGAAAGAACCAUCUGACUGUACUCGAGUCCCCACCCGCGCUAGGAGGAUUCGCAUUGAUCCCACCGUCUAUCGUGCUGCGAUCAAAAACCGCAAGACUCACAUUCUAGGGCCAAGAGCUAUGUCGAUUGAACAAUACAAAUUAGGGUUUAGCGGUGGAGCCAAAGAAGUCAAAAAAAGUCAAGCGAGUCGACUGAUGUGGGAAUGCCAACUCGGAGAAGACGGCUCCGUUGUUUGGAGACUAGCAAAUGGUGGUAAUUUGAAUCAAGAAGAGCGAAUGCCGCUUUCUAGUUGCACCCUUCAGAAGUUGAAAGAUGCGGAUGAGCGGCUUUCGUCUUUGGGGCUCUCAAGUACCCCCGCGUUGCGCUUAAGAGGUGGCACUUCUUCUAAACGUCCCCGGCGAUCUGAGAACCGACCUAAAUCUCCGGACACAAGCUCCAUAUCCCCCGAAUCAGUCGCAGCGAAUCUUCCACCGAAAUCGGAGGCAAUCUCAAGCGAUAAAGCCCUUUCGGCGAUCCUCAAAGAAGAGCGUCAGAGAUACUUGUCCUUGGCCUCUCAGACGGUGACCCAACCGCCCGACAGGAACGAUCUGCUGGAGGAGGUAGGGCAAGGUACACAAGCUGCUGUAAAGAGGCAAAAACUGAAAGAAAAGAGACAGGGUUGUCACUUUGAAGAUACAAUCGAAUUCGUACCGGCAACUGCGGUUAAUCAUCAAGGUCCAAAACAACAGGGCCCCACGCACAAUCACCCAUCUUCCAAAGCGUCAGAAUCCCUGUUAGUUCAACCAACGCUCAUAAACUCAGGCGACGAGUCAAUGUCAUCGAAUUCCGAAGCUCGUACAAGCUCGAAGCCAAGUCACUCAUCUGAUGCUAGUUCUGAAUCUGAUGCAGAUUCCGAAUCUGAUGCCGAUUCCGAAUCUAUUGCCGAUUCCAAAUCUGUUGCCCGUUCCGGAUCUGACGCUGGUUCUGAAUCUGAUGCCGGCUCCGAGUCCGUUGCCGGUUCAGAAUCCAAUUCAUCACUAGACAGCCCAGAUCUGCAGACUAAUCCCACUCAACCACCAGAUUCGGACUCGAUGAUCAUGGAAGGAAAUUCCAAGAUAGAGGUGUUGAAAAACGGGAAGAUGGCGGACCACACAUCUGCCGUUCGACUAUCAGAUUUGACUGACAUGUUCAGAGCAAAAGAAGUUGAGAAGACAGGCUUUUGCUUGACUGACGUUUUGGGGGAGAUGGAACUGGACGACGAUAUCCUCGGGCCAGCCGACGAAUCAGAAAUUGAGGCCCCACCAUCCGGGCAAGAUGACGAAUCUUACAAACAGCAGGGCGGCCCGCCUAUGAAGUCCAACGCAUUCAUCCAUCCAUCUCGCCUGGAAGGUAGCAGCUUUGUUCAAUCCCGGACUGUCGCUCAAGUUAAGCAAUCCAAAAGGAAGGGGCCAUUCUUUUUUUAUCCCACCGACGAAGAUCCGGAGUCGAAGGUUGUCGAUUCGUUACUGUCAGCUGAGCAUCGGGAGACCGCACGCCGACAUUGGCUAUCAAGUGGCCAAGGAGCAUCUUCGAACUGUUGGAGGACGUUUAUUAGAACCCAGUCCAAUCUCGAAAUCGAAACUGCGCACGAUGAAAAGAAGUCAACUCUGACAGAACAGCUGCGUCGCAAACACAAGGAUGCGAUCAAGCGGGAUCGGAAAUGGGGCAACAAACAGCCUACUAAACCUUUAACUCUCAAAGGAUUAGAGUCUGAAAAUGAUUUAUCGGACUGA